UACUUACAAGAAUAUCCUCAGUUCAGUUCAGUUCAUACAUCGGUUUUCAAGAAUCGUAUACCCUUAAUUUUGUCUGAUUCUUACAAGAAAAGUGUUGUUAUAACAUGACAGGGUCUGGUUCCCCUUGCGGUGCCUGCAAAUUCUUGAGGAGAAAAUGCGUGAGGGGUUGCGUUUUCGCCCCUUAUUUCUGCCAUGAACAAGGUGCUACUCACUUUGCAGCCAUUCACAAGGUUUUUGGAGCCAGCAAUGUUUCCAAACUUCUUGCUCAUCUUCCGGUCAGUGAUCGUUGUGAGGCGGCCGUCACGAUUUCUUACGAAGCUCAAGCUAGGCUACAAGAUCCCAUCUAUGGUUGUGUUUCACAUAUUUUUGCUCUCCAGCAGCAGGUUGUGAACUUACAAGCCCAAUUGGCUUCUCUCAAAGAACAAGCAGCUCAAUGCCUCAUAAACAACUCCAACAUCACUGCAAACCCUAAUGAUCAGAAAUUCUACGGCAGUAGCCAUUCUAAUUUCUCUCAAGAUGUCCAAAGCUGGUGGAAUUCCUUCCAGAAUCAGGGUACAAUGCCUCAAUUUGAUGCAAAUUUCAACAACAACAACUUUGAGAAUAUGGCCUAUUACGCAAGUGGAACCAUGAAUCCGAGUGACCCUUCAAUGAAGUACGAAAAUUCAGGCUUCCCGGAAGAGAACACCUCGUUCGGGAGCAUGGAUUCACUUGAAAUGCAGUCUAAUGAAAGGCAAUGGCCAUUUCAAGACGACGCAGACGACCUCCAGUCAGUGCCCUUCAGAUACAUUAAUAAUCAGCAUUAAUUUAAUCCUCUCCGUCAAGGGAAAUUCCAGUUAGGGUUUUAGUAGAACCAAUACAUAUAUAUAUAUAAUCAUGGGUGAGUGAUCAAGAAGAAGAGUACGCACUGAUGAUCUGCCAGUUUUUGUAUUAGUUUAUCUGCAAACUUUCAUGACAAGCAUUUCAGCUGGAAACCCUAGAAAUGUUCUGCUGUCAGAAAAGAAAACCCUGUUUUUCCACCUAUGAUUGUUCGAUUUCUUAGACCAUGUGUAACCUUGGAUAUAUAUAUUUUUAAGUAGAAUAAGUAAUAUAGCAUAGUUUUAUAAUGCUCCCAGGUGAUUUUCUUUCAGCUAGCUAGUUGCGUAAUUUGUUGUUUCGCAGUGCGGUCCUUCCUAGGUAUUAUUAAGACCUAAAUCUUAGACCUAAUUAAGACACUAUAUAUAUACACCUGAUUGAUUGCUUCUCUUACACUUUCCCUUUUCAUU